AUGAUUCGACCUGACAUUACCCCGGACUCGCCCGUCGAGGAGCAGCCCGCCAUCGGCGUGAUUGGUAUGGGCUCGAUGGGUACUAUGUACGCCCAAAUACUCUACGAAGGAGGGUGGAAAAAGAUCUAUGUUUCGCUCAAAGCAAAGUACGAGAGUGAACGGCAGACAACCCAGCAUCCUGUGCUGGUGGACGGCCACCAGGUGUCCCGGAUAGCGGACUUCAUCAUGUACUCGGUGGAGGCCGAGUUCAUCGACCGCGUUGUCGCCACGUAUGGACCCUGUGCGCAAACGUCCGUCAAAGCCCCUGAAAAGGCCGCAUUUGAGAAAUACCUCCCGCAAGAUGUGCACAUCGUAUCAUGUCACUCGCUGCACGGCCCAACCAACAUCCUACGGCCGCUCAAGUCGCGUUACGUCUAUCUCUCCUACGAGGACCAUGACAUCGUCACCGCAACACACAGGCUCAUGGGCACGGCAUGGUCGAACGAGAAAGAGUACCCCUGGGAGACGGGCCACGCCGUCGGCGGCAUCGAGACCGUGAAGGUGAACAUCAUGCUCCGGAUCUACUCCAACAAGUGGCACGUCUACGCCGGGCUCGCGAUCCUCAACCCGUCCGCGCGGAUACAGAUCGACCAGUACGCGCGGAGCACGACCGAGAUCUACAAGCUCAUGAUCGGCGGCGACGCCGAGGGCAUGCGCCGCCGCAUCUACGAGGCGCGCGACAAGGUGUUCGGCACCAAGUCGCGCGAUGGCAGCGUCACGACGCGCGCACCGAUCCUCCUCAGCGAGGACAUCCUCGACCGGUUCAGCCUCUGGCGGCGGGGCUCGGGCGCGAACGGGAACGGGAAGGCCAACGGGAACGGGAACGGCAACGGCAACGGCGACGCGCCCCCGAACACGCACACCGCGAACUCGCACCUGUCCCUCCUCGCGAUGGUCGACUGCUGGGCCGCGCUCGGCAUCCAGCCCUUCGUGCACCUCGACCUCGCCGCGACGCCGCUCUUCCGGAUGCUCCUCGGCGUGUCGGAGUACCUCUUCCGCUCGCAGGAGCGCCUCGACCACGCGAUCCACGCCGCGCUCUACGACACGACGUACCGCGCGAACGACCUCGAGUUCGUCGUCGCGGCGCGCGGGUGGAGCCAGUGCAUAUCGUUCGGCAGCUUCGAGCUCUACCAGCAACGAUUUCUGGAGACGGCGUCGUUCUUCGAGCCGCGGUUCGAGGACGCGACGAAGGUCGGGACGGCGAUGCUCCAGGCUAUUUUGGAGAGCACUCCGAAGCCGUAG